GUGCAGUUAAAUGAUAUUCCACGCGAUCGUUCCAUCUGCAGGCUUUGCGCGGAACAGAUUAAAUGUAAAUUAUUAUCGGCCAACUUCACUUUUCAAGAAGCAGUGGACGCUGCAAUCGCACAAGAAAUAGCCCAAGAGGAUGUGCAACACUUUGGAGGAAAUCCUCUCGGUGAAAGUUCUUCGUCGGGCGUAAACCAGGUUAAGCGUGACAACGUGUGGUCACGCGGUCGCUCAGUGGGUCGAUGUCACCAAAGGAAACGCUGUUUUCGCUGCGGGCUAGCCAACCACACC